AUGCGUUCGUUGGCCGACCACGCGCCCGCCGCAGCCGACGCCACGGGCGAUUUUCUGGCGGCGCAGUUCGUGGCGCGGCGUCUGCCACCGCGGCCCACCGUGCUGCCGUCGCCACCGAGCCACCGGAAACUGGCGCUACGCUGGGUGGAUCCCACUGCCGUGCGGGUGGUGGUAGAAAGCCGACCUGGACAGGAAGCCGAAAUCCAGAUUUAUCAUACCAUGGAAAAUGUGGCAUCAAGUCACAUGCAUCCAGAUCUUGAGCCGCAGCCCGCCUGCAUUGUGCUUGAGGGCAUGGAGUACUUGCCAGCUCUUCAGGCCCUGAAUCGUGCCAAUGGUGCAUGGGUACUGGCAUCAUCACUGGGUUCAGCUGACUUGGUAGAAGGACUUUUGGAACAUGGCUUGCUGGAGAUUGGUGAUGCAGAUCUAUGCGAAGUCAAGAAGGUCAGCACUCUCCAAAUCAUUGGAGUCAAUGGAGUCAACGCGGUGAGCGGGAAGCCUUCGAAGAAGCUCAAAGGCAAGGCUUCGAAGGCUUCGAAGGCUUCGAAGGCUGGCAGUUCGGAUUCCCUCUUCGGCCGCAGUGCUCAUCGCAGCUUGAACAAAUGGAUUCAAAUGGGUGGGUUGAGAGGCAUUCAUGGCAGCUAUAGCACCGGGUCUUCGGGCAGACGUCGUUUUCAGCUGAGGUGUUGCUGUUGCUGGGACAAGGAUGAGGACAGCAUGAGCGACUGGAGCGACAGUGACUCGGACUCGUCCUAUGAAUCUGUGGAAGACUUGCCUUGGUCGCCUGGCUCCAGACGACUUCCAACCUACUCCACUCCUAAACCGUCAACGUUGGACACUGAGCGCUGA